GUUUCAGCCGUGUUCCACAAUGCACUUGUACAAUUUGACACUACAAGGGCAAUCGGCCAUCAAUCAGGCCAUUCAGGGCAAUUUCUCUGGAACCCCCAAGGCGCAGGAAAUCGUUGUUGGGCGCGGAUCAGCACUGGAGUUGCUCACACUGGAUACAGUUACAGGCAAAAUAAAAGUUAUGUGCCACCAGGACAUUUUCGGAAUAGUUCGAUCGCUUCUCGCUUUCCGUUUGACAGCUGGAACUCGAGAUUUCAUCGCAGUUGGUUCAGACUCGGGUAGAAUUGUGAUUUUACAAUAUAACGCUGAAAAAACAUGUUUCGAGCGGCUGCAUCAGGAAACUUUCGGAAAAACUGGAUGCCGUCGAAUCGUUCCAGGCCAUUUCUUGGUUGGAGACCCACGUGGACGUGCAUUAAUGAUUGGAGCCGUUGAACGUCAAAAGCUUGUUUAUAUUAUGAAUCGAGACUCUGAAGCACAUUUAACAAUUUCAUCGCCACUUGAAGCUCACAAGCAUCACACAUUGUGUUAUGCAAUGGUUGGAAUCGAUGUGGGAUUUGAGAAUCCUACUUUUGCGUGUCUGGAAUUUGAUUAUGAGGAUGCUGACAACGAUCCAACCGGAGAAGCAGCAAAACGAACACAACAAACGUUAACCUUCUACGAGCUUGAUUUGGGAUUAAAUCAUGUUGUUCGAAAGUAUGCGGAACCUCUAAAUGAUCCAGGAAACUUGCUUAUCGCAGUUCCAGGUGGUAAUGACGGUCCGUCUGGUGUCAUCGUGUGCUGUGAAAACUAUUUGGUGUACAAGAAUCUUGGUGAUCAACCAGAUAUUAGAUGUCCGAUUCCAAGAAGAAGAAACGAGCUCGAUGACGCAGACCGAACAAUGCUCAUCAUUGCGACGGCUACUCAUAAAACGAAAAAUAUGUACUUUUUCCUUGUUCAAGCUGAAAAUGGAGAUAUUUUCAAAGUAACACUGGAAACUGAUGAGGAUCUUGUGUCGGAGAUGAAACUCAAAUAUUUUGAUACUGUACCGCCUGCGAACGCUUUAUGUAUUCUGAAAUCCGGAUUCUUGUUCGUGGCUGCAGAGUUCGGAAAUCAUGAGCUCUACCAAAUCGCUAGUCUGGGUGAAGGAGAUGAUGACGAAUUUUCAUCAGCAAUGGGAUUCGGAGAAAACGAUGCGGCAUUCUUUGAGCCACAUGAGCUCAAAUCUUUGAUUCCAAUUGAUUCAAUGGAUAGUUUGAGCCCUCUUACAGAUGCUGUCAUUGGAGAUAUUGCUCGAGAAGAUGCAGCACAGAUUUACUCACUCGUUGGACGUGGUGCUCGAUCUUCUUUGAAAGUUCUUCGAAAUGGACUUGAAAUUUCUGAAAUGGCAGUUUCUGAUUUGCCUGGAAAUCCGAAUGCUGUGUGGACUGUGAAGAAGAAUAUCGAAGACCAAUAUGACUCAUAUAUUGUUGUUUCCUUUGUCAAUGCCACACUUGCACUAACAAUUGGAGAUACUGUCGAAGAAGCAUCAGAUUCAGGAUUUCUUCCAACUACACCAACUAUUGGAUGUGCAAUGAUUGGUGAUGAUUCUCUUGUUCAGAUCUACUCGGAAGGUAUUCGUCAUAUUCGGGCAGAUAAGCGUAUCAAUGAAUGGAAGGCACCACCACGGCGACAAAUUGUCAAGUGUGCUGUUAAUCGACGACAAGUUGCAGUUGCAUUGACAGGAGGAGAACUUGUGUAUUUCGAAUUAGAUUUGAAUGGAACAUUGAACGAGUUCACGGAACGAAAACUAUUCAACGCAGAUAUUGCAUGCAUGACGUUCAGUGAGAUUUCAGAAGGAGAACUCAAUUCUCGUUUUUUGGCACUCGGAACAGUUGAUAACGCUGUUAGAAUAAUUUCUCUCGAUCCAAAUGAUAUGCUUAUGCCAUUGAGUACUCAAAGUCUUCCAUGUCCACCAGAAUCUAUUCUUCUUAUUGAUACACCGAAUGAAGAUGGAAAAGGAGUUGCAGCUGUUCAUUUGAAUAUUGGUUUGCAGAAUGGAUGCCUCUUCCGUAAUACUGUCGAUAAUGUCACUGGAGCUAUUAUGGAUACCAGAACACGAUAUCUUGGUACCAGACCUGUAAAACUUUUCAAAGUACAAUGUCAGGGACGAUCUGCGAUUCUCUGUACAUCUUCCCGUUCAUGGCUUCUCUAUCACUUCCAACGCCGCUUUCAUUUGACACCACUCAGCUAUGCGAAUUUGGAAUACGCGGCAAGCUUCUGCUCAAAUCAGUGCUCAGAAGGAAUUGUCGCCAUUUCUGCCAGUACACUCAGAAUUAUUGCAGCCGAGAAGCUUGGAGUGGCAUUUAAUGUUCAAUCAUUUGAACAUAAGAUGACACCACGUCGUGUUGCUGUUCAUCCAUCAAUGCCAUGUCUAAUUGUGAUUGAAACUGAUCAUGCGUCUUAUACAGAAGUUACCAAAAAUAUUAAGAGAAAUCAAAUGGCUGCGGACGUUGAAGCAAUGGCAUCAGACGAGACAGAAGCUCAACUUGCACAAGAAAUUGCUACAAAUCUUCGUGAACGACGACUCGAUGAGCGAGUGUACGGAGCACCACGAGCAGCUCGAGGAAAAUGGGCAUCUGCUAUCAGUUUAAUUUCUGCGACUUCUGGGGAUAAACUCUCAUAUUUUGAGCUCCCACAAGAUGAGAAUGCAAAAUGCGUGGCUCUUGUGCAAUUCUCGAAGCAUCCGAAUGAAGCUAUGGUGCUGGUUGGUUGUGGAGUUAAUGAAGUUCUUAAUGUACAUGACAUUGAUCCAAAUGAUACAUCCAUUCGGCCAACUAGAGGAUGUGUUUAUACAUUCCAUCUAUCAGCAAAUGGUGAUCGAUUCGACUUUUUGCACAGAACGGAAACACCAUUGCCAGUGGGAGCAAUUCAUGAUUUCCGUGGCAUGGCACUCGUCGGUUUUGGUCGAUUCCUCCGAAUGUACGACAUUGGACAGAAAAAGUUAUUGGCAAAGUGCGAAAACAAGAAUUUCCCAGUUUCAAUUGUCAAUAUUCAAUCAACAGGACAACGAAUCAUCGUCUCGGAUAGCCAAGAAUCUGUUCACUUUUUAAGAUAUCGGAAAGGAGAUAAUCAAUUGGUUGUAUUCGCUGAUGACACAACUCCCCGUUACGUGACAUGUGUUUGUGUUCUUGAUUAUCAUACUGUAGCUGUUGCUGAUAAGUUCGGAAAUUUGGCAGUUGUUCGUCUUCCGGAAAGAGUUAAUGAAGAUGUACAGGAUGAUCCAACUGUAUCGAAGAGUGUUUGGGAUCGUGGAUGGCUUAAUGGAGCUUCACAAAAGGUCGAACUUGUUUCGAAUUUCUUCAUCGGUGACACGAUUACAAGCCUUCAGAAGACGUCAUUAAUGCCUGGAGCAAAUGAAGCAUUAGUAUAUACAACAAUUGGUGGAGCUAUUGGAUGUUUGGUUUCGUUCAUGUCAAAAGAUGAAGUCGACUUUUUCACAAAUCUGGAAAUGCAUGUUCGCAGUGAAUAUCCGCCAUUGUGUGGCCGUGAUCAUCUUGCUUAUAGAAGUUACUACGCACCAUGCAAGAGUGUAAUCGAUGGUGAUAUUUGCGAGCAGUUCAGCUUGAUGGAUACACAGAAACAGAAGGAUGUUGCUGAAGAAUUGGGAAAAACUGUCAGCGAGAUCUCAAAGAAGUUGGAAGACAUUCGCACUCGCUACGCCUUUUAACAUAAUUUAUUUAUUUUUAUUUGUUGAAUUUCUACAUUUUUAUUUCAUUUUUAAAUGUUUUUUCUCCUGAUUCUCUCAUUUGAUCUUCGUUUCCUCCCGUCCCAACCUAUUCCCAUCCUAAAAUUAUAAAUUGUUAAAUAACUUUCUUAAAAGAUUUUUUCAGGAAAUCUCUCCUUUUUACCUUUCACUAAUAUUCUUUUACUCCUUUUUUGUUUCUCGUGCGCCGAUUGUUAACAAGAUCACCAUGAUAUAAUCAUUGAGAUAAGAGAAGAAACAUAAAAUAUGAGACAUUGUGAA